AUGGCACGCAGCUUCUCCCAAAACCUCGCUGCGAACCUCUACCAGCAGCUCAGUCUGCUCGGCGAGGCCCCCUCCGGCCCCAACGGCGCCGGCUCGCACCACGACGUCUCCCUUGCAUCCCAACGACACUCCCUCAUCACCACCCCCGUGUUCACUGCGGCCGCAGGCCUUUUCGUCGAUAAGCACUGUCCUGCCGCACUAAACCAAUACGGGCUGCUCGGGCGCGCAUUGGAGCUCGUUGACCCCGGGGAUGUGCGGAAGCGGUCGGGCGACAGCAGCAGCGACGACAGCGGCUACUAUGACGGCGCGAGGAAGCCCGAGAAGAAGGGGGAUCCCAGGGUGUUUUUGAACGGGAAUGCGCCGUGGUCUGCGUUUAUUUGUGGGCUGCAGGGGUCGGGGAAGAGUCAUACGUUGGCCUGUAUGCUUGAAAAUAUGCUUGUAAAGUCACCCAUACUCGGGGCUCUCCCCAAUCCCCUCACGGCAAUGGUCUUUCAUUUCGACAUCAAUAACAGCGCCAAUGCCCUCCGCCCCUGUGAAGCUGCAUAUCUGGCCACGCACAUGCCCGUGCGCAUCUUAGUUUCCUCAUCGAACUACCCCCAGAUGUCGCGCCUCUACUCCGGCAUCGCCUCACAAAACCUCAUCGUCAAGCCGCUCAAGCUGAAGCAGUCCGACCUCAACAUCGAGCGCAUGCUCUCUCUCAUGUCUGUCGACAAGAACUCGGACCAUCCGCCACUGUACAUGGAGUACGUGCGCAAGAUCCUGCGCGAGCUGGCGACGGCGAGUAGCAUCUACGGCUCGGGGUUCGACUAUAGGCUGUUUCGAGAUAUGAUCCUGCAGGCGGAUCUGACGCCUAUGCAGAGGGGCCCGCUGACGCUGCGGUUGGAGAUCUUGGAGAGCUUUUUGGAGAUGCGGGAGGGCGCGGACGAGGUGUGGGAUUUUACGCCGGGAGUAAUUACGAUUGUGGAUUUGAGUGAUCCGUUUGUGGAUGAGGCGAGUGCGUGUGCGUUAUUUGAUAUCUGUGUGGGGCUAUUUCUGGAGAAGGAUGUAAAGUAUGGACGAGUAAUUGCUCUUGAUGAAGCUCACAAGUACAUGACCUCUACCUCCCCCGCCCAAAAGCUGACAGACAACCUCCUCUCCGUCAUCCGUCAACAACGCCAUCUCGCCACCCGCGUCCUCAUUUCCACCCAAGAGCCCACUAUCUCCCCCAAGCUCCUCGACCUUUGCAACAUCAUCAUCGCCCACCGCUUCACCUCCCCCGAAUGGCUCGCCUUCAUGAAGCGCCAUCUCGCGGCCGUCGCCGUGGAGUCCGACACCAACGCGCUCUCCCUCCUCGCCCGCAUUGUGGCCCUUAACGAGGGCGAAGCAUACGUCUUUGCCCCUGCCGGCAUCGUCUCCACAAACGACUUUGAGCAGGACAGCUACUACGAGGACCAGCCUGAAGACGAAGACGACGAAGACGAAGACACUGAGGACGUGAGAAAGCUCGGGAUGGGAUACCUCAAGAUCAAAGUACGGAAGCGUCUCACGGAGGACGGUGGAAAGAGUAUCCUCGCAAACUCAGCCCCCGUCACAGGGCCCGCCCCAGUGGCAGGCACAAUCCCGCAAGACGUCAUCGACGCCAUGCUCGCCAGCAAAGUCAGUAGUCGUGGCGGCCGAGGUGGCCGAGGUGGUCGCGGCGGUCGCGGUGGCGGAAGAGGCGGCGGCGGCGGCGGCGGUGAAGACUCGUACGGCAGACUCAACGGGCGAGCGCCCGCGCCGCCUCCCCAGCAGCAACAACAACAACAACAAGCGCCACCACCGCAGCGCCCAAACCCUCCACGAGCCGCGCCGCCGCCGCAGCGCUCAAACGGGAACAGCAAUGGUAAUGGUAAUGGCGGUGGCGGUGUGCCGGUGUACGACCAGUGGGGGACGCCGCAGGCAGAGGAGUCAGGCAGCGGCUGGGACGCAUAUGAAGGCGUUCAGGUGGAGCCGCAUCCGUCGUCGCGGGGACAGCAGCAGCAGCAGCAGCAGAGACACCCGCUGCCGCAGAGGCCGGCGCAGAGGGGUGGUGACAGGGGCGCUGGGAGGGGGAGAGCCGCCCAGGCGCCGCCGCCGCCACAGCAGAAUUAUGAGAGCUUGAAUGGGAACGUGGCGGGCGGGGACUCGUUGGAGUGGGAGUGA